AUGGCUCACCAACUGAAAAAUAGUUAUACACGUGAGUUUCUGGCACCAAAUUUAGUUCAAGUUGAGGUUCCUGGUGGAUUUCCGUAUGAAGCUUUUGAUGGUGAAGCUCAUAUCAAACCAUGGAGUGUUUUGACCCUUGUUGAAAGUGGUAGAGCUUUUACAUUCAACCGUUCAGAGAGUGAUCCAAAUCACUCAUUUUUAGAUCUGGGGUAUUUAUAUAAUGUAGGAAUGGGUUUUAUUGGUUCUGGAAGUACCAUCUUCAACAAGAAUUUAUACAACACAGAACUAAGGAAAAGUCCUCUUACACUAACUAAGAAACUUCUAUAUGCUGGUAAUUCCUCAGUUAAUUUAUUAACUCAAGUUCUUCAUCCUGAUUUGACGGAACCUUUAGUUGAAUGCCAAGUACAAACUAUUCUAGUGAGUAGAGAAACUCGUAAACCAGUUCAAUUACCUGAUUGGUGGAGAGAAAAGUAUCAGAAAUAUUCUCAGAAGGAGGCAGCACUGAACUGGAGAUUGAAUCAAAAGCGACCAAAUAACCUCACAUCAUAUUCAUUAACAAUACAGCCAAGUGAUUGUGAUCCAUAUUUUCAUGUGAAUUGGUCAAAUUACCUCAAAUUCUGUUGCGAUGGACUUUUAGGUUCUAAUCUAAAAUCAAGUGGAUUAACAGUUCUUAAACAGCCACAAAUUAAAAUAGCAAAUUUUACAUUUUUGAAAGAGUGUAAUGCUGGUGAGCAGCUAUCUGUUAUAUUUUGGACUGAGGGAAAGGAAUUAUGCUUUGAAAUUGAAAAUCAGGAUAAAGAUGUAGUAUAUCAAGCUCAUUUGGAGGUCCAUUAA